CAAUAUAUGAUUAAUUCUCACUUAAGAGCUCGAUAUAAUUUUCAACGAAAAUUUUGGGAGUGAAAACACGUAGAAAUUAAUGAAGAAAAUCUUUCACAAAUAAAAAUCGCAGUCGACGAUGGCGCAGCUCAAAGUGGCUAUCAUCGGACAGAGUCCAUUCGCGGCGGAAGUCUACAAGCUUUUGCGACAGAAUGGACAUCAGGUGACCGGAGUGUUCACGAUCCCGGAUAAGGGAAACCGCGAGGAUCCUCUAGCGACCACCGCCAAGGCCGACAACACGCCGGUUUUCAAGAUCAAGGCUUGGAGGAGCAAGGGAGUGGCCUUGCCGGAAAUCCUGGAGCUGUACAAGGGCAUCGAGGUGGAUCUCAACGUCCUUCCCUUCUGCAGCCAGUACAUUCCCAUGGAGGUCAUUAAUCAUCCCCCUCACCGUAGCAUAUGCUAUCAUCCGUCCAUAUUGCCCAGGCACAGAGGAGCGAGCGCCAUAAGCUGGUGAGGCUCAUCUUUACUUCGAUCUACGCGUCUUCCGAUUCUCUCGGAAAUUUUCCAGAAGAUUUUUAUGGAUGACGAUUUUUG